AAGAAGAAGAAGACUCUGAUGUUUGGCUACAGGAAGCUUGUAGUAGACAGCGAGGCCGGACAGAGGCAAGCCCCGCCCAGCAGAACUGCGCGUGAGGAAACAGCAGUUUAAAGAUGAAUACUUCAGUAGGCCUGGAGUUACUCAUCCUAUGCCUUUUCACUUUGCAUAAUUAUUGAGGAAACCACCCUAAUAUAUAAUAUCUUGCCACAUCCUCUGUGCGUUUAAGACGUUGAAAGGAUCCUUAUGUCCAUAUCUGGAAAACCUAGAGAUGGCUUACAAUGACUCUGAUAAGUCCAGCCUCGAUGAUGUCUGCUGUGAUGACCAAUACCCCAGCUGUGCAGCAGCCGUGGACAAAGACAGGGAUUCGUAUCUGAGCCCGACAGAGAACCCCUCCACCAUCAGUGUCUCUGCUAGUAUCCCCCCAGACCAGCAAGGCUAUGAUGAGGAGUUUGACCCUCCGCUAGAGAGCAAUUUGCUUUACAGGGUUAAAAAUGUCAAAUAUAACUUCCUAUUUUCUGGCAGGGACACAGGGCAGAAAUGUCCAGUUGACAAUGAGGUGCUGCUUGAGGAACAGCUCUUCCCUGAUAACUUUGCUAAACGAGAGAUCCUCUCACUUACUGUCCGAUGUCCUAAUGUAGGAUGCUGUGAUAAAAUGGAGUUGCGCCAACUGGAGAAACACUUGUCUCAGUGUAAGUUUGCCACAGUGCCAUGCCCUCAGUGUCUGGAGUCUGUUCGUAAGAGCCAUCUGGAUGAACACAAGAGCCAGCAGUGUUUACAGCGGCUUAUGACCUGCCCUGCCUGUGCAGGGAGCUUUGUGUAUGCUGACAAGCAGAUUCAUGAACAGAUUUGUCCUUUCGCCAAUACAGUGUGUGAAUAUUGCGAAAUGGAGCUUAUUCGGGAUCAGUUGGCAUUGCACUGUGACACAGACUGUCUUAAAGCUCCUGUAGCCUGUACUUUCAGCUCUUUUGGUUGUCGUGAAAAGAUGCCAAGAAAUGAACUGGCCCAGCACAUGCAGGAAUUUACACAGAUGCACAUGCGUUACAUGGCUGAGUUCCUGCGCAGCCAGACACUCAGUAGCUGCCCAGUGCCGUCAAUUGCUGCCCACUCUUCGUCAGACGAACGUGGAGCAACUGCCCGAGCCCCAGAUUCUUGCCAGUGUAGACAGGAGCUGAUGAACCUGCGUGAGACGGUCUUGGAACUGGAGGGUCGGCUGGUUCGUCAAGAUCAACAGAUCCGGGAGCUGUGCAUCCACAAUGAGACACAGAAAACCCAGGUCACAGAGCUACGCCGAAAGCUGAGCUCACUGGAGGAGGCCACCCGAGAGCUGGAAGCCCAGCAGUAUCAAGGUGUCUACGUAUGGCGUUUGGAGAACUUCUCACUUCACCUGCGCAACCAAGAGGCCGGUCAACCCAUAGUCCUCCACAGCCCACCUUUCUACACUGGCCGGCCGGGGUACAAACUCUGCCUACGACUGCAUCUGCAAACUCCCAGUGCCCCUCGCUGUUCCAACUACAUCUCACUUUUUGUGCACACUAUGCAGGGUGAGUUUGACAGCCAGCUCUCCUGGCCCUUGCAGGGCAUGAUCCGACUGGCAGUGUUGGACCAGGUUGAGGGGCAGCAUCAUGUGGAAGUGAUGGAGACCAAGCCGGACCUGCAGGCCUUCCAGAGGCCCACUGUCCUGCGCAACCCCAAGGGUUUUGGCUAUGUUACUUUCCUGCACCUACAGGCGUUGCAGCAGCGUGGGUUUGUGAAAGACGACGUGCUGUUGGUGCGCUGCGAAGUGACACCACGAUUUGAUGCUAGCCUCAGGAGGGAAGGGGUCCAACCUCGGGGGUCAGAACCUUCACUUUGAGUUCCUACAUUGCUCUUGUACUCUUAAGUUCUCAUAGACACUUUGCUGAAACAAGGAAGGUGUGGCAAAACCUGGACUUUCUUAGGAUGCGUUCACACUUGUAGUUCGGUUCUCUUGGUUCGUUUGGUACGGACCAAAAAAGAAAACGA